AUGGUAGAAAAGAACUUAGAGAAUGAGAAUGAUGAUGUAAUUGUUAAUGAAGAUGGUCAAGAAAAUAUUAAUGAAAAUGAAGUUGAUAUAGAAAGAAAAGAUGUUCAUGAUAAUUUGAGUAGUGAUGUUUCUUAUAAUAUUUAUGAUCCCGGAUGGUGGAAAAUUAUUGAUACUAAAUUAAGAGAUUUUUCUACUAAUAAUAUGAAUCAAUUAGGCAAUGAAGGAAUCAAGGAAUGGAAAAAUCUUGGUGCUAGGCUUAAAACACAUGAAACAAGUCAUAAGCAUAUUGUUAACAUGAAUGCUUGGAUUGUCUUAGAAUUGAGACUUGCAAAUAAUAAAACAAUAGAUAAAAGUGUGCAAGAACGAAUUAAUAAGGAGAAGGAACAUUGGAGGAAUGUUUUAGUAAGAAUAAUUGCUAUUGUAAAAAAUCUAGCUAAGAAUAAUUUGGCAUUUCGUGGAAAUAAUGAAAAGAUCUACCAAGAGAACAAUGGAAUUUUUUUGAGUUUAAUUGAAAUGAUUGCUGAAUUUGAUCCAAUUAUGCAAGAACAUGUUCGACAAAUUGAAAAUUUGAAACUUGACAUUAAUGACAUAAGAGGACAAGGAUAUGAUAAUGGAUCUAACAUGAAAGGAAAGCACCAAGGUGUACAAAAGAGAUUAUUAGAGUUAAAUCCUAGAGCAUUAUAUACACCUUGUGGUUGUCAUUAUCUUAAUUUCGUGCUUUGUGAUGUUGCUAAUUCUUGUGUUAAAGUUGUAUCCUUUUUUGGUGUUUUACAACGUAUAUAUUCAUUAUUCUCUUCUUUACCUAAGCGAUGGACAAUAUUGAAAAAUAAUAUAUCUACUUUGACUGUGAAAUCAUUGUCUCAAACUCGUUGGGAAAGUCGUAUUGAAAGUGUUAAGGCAAUUAGGUUUCAAACUCCAAAAAUAAAAUAUGCUUUGCUUGAACUAGCAGAAACAAGUGAUGAUCCUAAAAUAAAGAGUGAAGCUAAAUGUCUAGCAACCUAUGAAUUAGAGAAUUUUGAAUUUUUGUUAGACAUGACUAUUUGGUUUGAUAUUUUGUUUGCUGUCAAUUCAAUUAGUAAAAAUUUACAAUGUAAAAAUAUGGAUAUUGACAAUACUAUAAAUCAGUUAGAUGGUCUUCUUUCGUAUUUUGAAAAUUAUAGGAAAGAUGGAUUUGUUUAUGCUAUGAUUUUAGCUAAAGAAAUUGCAAUUGAGAUGGAAAUUGAGCCUAAAUUUUGUGAAAAACGUGUGAUUCGUAGGAAAAAAAAUUUGAUGAAAUAA